AUGUUGCUGCGCUUUUGAGUACAGUGUAAUUGCCUGUGCUGAGAGAGAGAGAGAGAGAGAGAGAGGAAGAGAGAGAGAGAGAGGGAGGAGAUAGAGCAGGGCAGCUCUCUGUGAAAAGGGGUGUGGACUCUAAACCUGGAAUCAGUGAAGAAGUUUUUCCAGUGCGCGCGGGACGACAGCUCCGGGCGGAAGAGAGCGAGAGAGCAGAGCGGGAGAGGGUGCUAAAGACGAAAAGCGAAAAACAUCUGGAUCCCUGAGCCCAAGUCCCGGUUGACGGGUUGAAGAAAGCGUCCCGCCGCGCGGUUUUAACGAGCGAAGCAUCGGCAGGAUGGGCGAAGACGCCGUGCAGGCCGAGCGCAGCAGCGCCAUCAUCCCCCACGAGAGCCAGGACCUGGUGGUGCCGAGCCCGAGCCCCACCCAGUCCUCCCCCGCCCACAGCCUGACCCAGCUGGUGGGCAGCGAGGGCGGGGGAGCGGCGGCGGCAGCCAUGCCCAGCACGCCCACCACCCCGGGGGGCUCCAAGGACGGGCAGGUGAACGCCAUCACCGUGCUCACCCUGCUGGACAAGCUGGUCAACAUGCUGGACACGGUCCAGGAAAACCAGCACAAGAUGGAGCAGCGACAGGCGGAGAUGGAGAACGCCGUGCGGGGCAUCCAGAGCGACAUGACCAAGCUCUCCAAGUGCCACACCUCCACCUCCAACUCCGUCAGCAAGCUGCUGGAGAAGUCCCGCAAGGUCAGCGUCAACAUGAAAGACGUCAAGGACAAGAUGGACAAGCAGGCCGUGCAGGUGAAGAAGCUGGAGGCCAACCACGCUCACCUGCUCAAGAGGAACCACUUCAAAGUCCUCAUCUUCCAGGAAGAGAACGAGAUUCCUGCUAGCGUUUUUGUGAAGGACCCUGCACCCUACCCACGCGAUGCAGAGGAAGAGGGGCCAGUGUCACCUCCCGCCGAUGCAAACCGCUCCCAGGAGGAGGCACUGCAGACCAUCAACCUUUCCUCUGAUGAGGAGCUGGGGCCCGACGACGAUGAUGAUGAGAUCGGGGCCUGUCAUGACAUGACCUUGGAUCACAUGGAGAAAUCCCGUGCCGAAAAGAUCAAGCGCUCCAGCCUGAAGAAGGUGGACAGCCUGAAGAAGGCAUUCUCCCGCCAAAACAUCGAAAAGAAGAUGAACAAGCUGGGCACCAAGAUUGUCUCUCAGGAGCAGCGGGAGAAGAUCAAAAAGAGCCUCACGCCCAACCAUCAGAAGAGCCCGACUGCCAAGAGCUCCUCCUUCAAGGUGUCGCCGCUCACCUUCAACGUCAAGAAGGUGCGGGACGGCGAGGGGCCCGCACAACCUGAGGCAGCCUCCACCACAGCUGCCGUGGAGCUAGCGCCGAUUUGCAACCCAGACGAGGACAUGCCCUUCACCGAGGUGCACACCGAAUUGGCACCGGGGCUGGAGGAGGACAAGGAGAUGGCCGAUUCCCUGGAGAAAGAGGAGGAGGAGCUCCCGAGCCCCUCCUCCAGCGGCCUGGAGGCGGAUCUUUCCAUCACAGAAGACGGGAAUCCCGAGUACGCCGUGUCUGCUACGCUCCCCCAGGAGGACCGCAAGCCAGAGGAGGAGGAAGAGGCAGCGGAAGGGGAGGAGGCAAAGGAAAUCCCGAAGGAGGAGGUCCCCCUGAAGGAAGCCUCCUAAUGCCAGUAUCCCAUCCACAAAAUCCCUCCCCACCCCCACUACAUCCCAACCCCCUAAAAACUCCUCCCGUUCCUGUCACUCAAGCUGGUCAAUAGCCUUCCACUUGCACCUCAGUGGACACCCCCAACCCGCCACAACUGCCUACCCUGCCCCGUUUUUUACUCACCACACAUUCCCAUUUACUCCUGCAUUCCCAUCUAUCAACUACCAGUGUUUGUCUAGCCAGCUUUGGUGCCACCCAACCUGUCACCCUACGUGGAAACAUACAUUUGCACGAGGGGACCCCAAAAGAAAACCCACAGUGCUCUGAUGUCACUGAGCUUUCUCCUGCUCCUCAGGCUCUCAAUCAAUCAAUAUUCACUCCCUCUCAGUCGGCGGAGAACGCGGACGUUGACAAGGCCAGCAAACAUUAGUUGUACUUGGAAAUCUGAAGCCCCCCCUCCGACCCCCCUGCUGCCUCCUUAGCCGGCCUACUCUGGUAAGAGUACAGCAUUCGGGAUCAUUCUGACUCAUUCCUUCCAAAGGUGAUUACUCACCCUGGCCCUAAUGGGACUCCACACAGCACAGAACCGCCACUCCGAACCACCACACGGCAGGACUGUGGCUCCCUAGCAACUUUUCAGCUCCCGCUCCACAUCUAUUAAACUCAGCCAGGCAUAAAAAAUAAGCCGACUCAGUGGCAGAUGGCUGGUAAGAAAACAUUUUUUAAUAAAAAAAUAACAGGAUAAAAAAGACAUUUUAGCAACAGCAAAAAUUAUCAUAAUAAAUACGUGUCAGGAUAUUAAUCAAUAAAAAAUGGAAACAGAAUUCAGCCCACAUACAGUACACCUGCUGCCCUAGCCCACAGCUCCCUGGGCCUCUGCUGUCAAUCAUUGUCUGUCUGUCUGACUAUCAGCACUUCAGUUAGAAACGAGUUGGCUAAUGUUUAGCCUGGGGAAGGAGGGGUUUUUGCAACAUGUGGCCAGGAUCACUCAGUCUGUACAUUUUGCGAGCUGGCACAGCCUUCCACCAAGCUCAUUCCAUCACACUGGACCUCUCUGAGUGCAAACAGAGUUCCGUCUGGAGUGUUGGCCCCAACUGCCCGCUUCUGAAGCUCCUGUUCUGUAAUGAGCUUUGCUUUCAGUAACACCGCAGAGCGGUAAGCCUCUGGCCAUCUCCACAUCUGUCGGGUAGUCAAAUCACCUUGAGCCCUCCCACCAUCUGACAAACGUGUCUACAAAGAGUUUAUAAAGCUACAACAUGUGGGUACGGUCUAAUGAUGGCAGCAAUGUGAUUACUGACAGUCAGAAAAUUUUCUCUGUUAAGAAAAGUCUGAAAAUGAAAGAAAUAUUUUAAAUUUCAGUGUAUGCAUGGUUCUGAAGCUGCAAGCUUGCACAAAGCUGGCCAGUCUGAACAGGAACCAACAACAACCUCACAAGAACCAACUCCCAGCACAAUCUUCACAUUCUGAUGCACAUAAAUUUGUUGGGAUGGCAACAAGCUGUUCUUACGUAACUGUACAGGGGUAUACUCACAGGGUUAGUCUUAGGAAUGUUCAGGGCAUAAACCUAAACCUGCCUUAACUUUCACUCGCAGUUUAAAAAAAUAAAAAUAAAAACAGGAAAACAAGAAAAAUGUUUUGGCUUAAUAAACACCAUGUGUUUAUUGUGUUCAUUUAUAUUAAUUGAAUACAGAUCAAUAAGUGGUGGUGCUGGGGGAGGGGGGGGCAUCUUGACUGUGAACACUGUUGCACGUUCCCCAUGCCCCUUUCAAAAGAAGCUUAACUCUGUUCAUAACCACUUUGGGUGCUGCACGUCCUCCCAGUCAGACUUCCUGGUGAGCACAUUCCUUCAGGGCAGAAGGAAGCGGGGCUUGGCUCUCCCAGUCUCAGCAGGGCCGGGCAGUGCCUUUAAGAGCGCUUCCCACAGAAUGAAGGGAAUCCCCGGUUUUGAAAAAUGGCUCUUUAAUGUAAAACCUUUUUCCACGUGGCCCCUUUGCAGCGAUAACGGUAUGGUGAGGCGUGGAGGAGGACAGGAGUAGGAUUAAUGGCUUGCUUUCCAGUGGGAGGGAGGGAGGAGGGGGAGGGGGGGUGCACAUAACACAGGUAUGCCCCUUAUGUAAGGGAGCACUCGGCAGCAAUUUCAGAUCAUGGGGUAUCUGUUUACUAAGGGAGACAUAGAGGAAUCCCUGUACACAAUGACAGGGGGAUUUACAGAGGCAGAGAUAUCUCUAUAGAAAGAGUAGCAGCAUAGAAACAUAUCUAUGAAAAGAGGAAUCUGUUUAGAGAGACAUACCUGUACAAAGAAGUAGAAAAGAUACUUGUACUGGGAGAGAUAUUCGUACAGAGAUGCUGAGAAAGAAACCUGGAUAGAGUAAACAGGUAACUGUACACAGAGUGAUACCUGUAUGGAGAUAGAGUUACCUAUGCAGAGAAGCAGAGAGGUGAACUGAAUAGGUGAUACUGAAAGCAUAUUUAACUAUAUUGUUUGGUUCCCAUUUAUGCAUGUAUGGUGCUACAGCCUCCAUUUUAAAGUAAUGCAGCCUGUGUACAUGUGCACCUGUCUACAGAACAACCCACGAGCAGUUAUUAAAUCACAAUCUAGAAACACAGCUGGGAGACAAUGUGUUGAGACCAGCAAUCCAGUCAAUGCAUUCCUGACUGAAUGACUUACCAAGUUAUAGAGCAAGAGAAGGAAAGAGAACAGGAGAAAGAUGGAGGGAAAGAAAGAGAGAAAUGAGGAGAGGGGCUUUGACUUUCAAAAGCCCUUUAUUUAGCCUUAAAUUAAACAACAGGCAGAUAUAUUGUGUGCUUAUUAAAGCAAAUGAGAAAAAAUAAUACCUGAACCAGGGACCAUUAUGUAUGCAGAGACAAAGAGAGAGAGUGUGCCAAAAACACCCCAAAUGUAUUCACAGGUUUAUUUCGUACAUGUAAAAUUCCUCAACUUUGUGGCAAACCACCAGUUCAAGUGGGUGGAGUUUUCAUCUUAAAGGGUAAAGCAGAGAAAACCGAAGAGCUGGUUCACUAAUGCCUAUAUCGACUUACCCUCUCCUCCAACGUAACAGAAUGAAUCGGUUUACAAAGACGCCAAACAGAGGUGGAGGUCAGGAGGGUGGGGACAAACAGUGGAUAAACUUUUCAACUGUGGGUUUGCAGAUGAUGCGGCAUGUGUGUUUUUUUACAUGUAGAAAUUCAAUACUCAGAGCAAGGCCACAACUUUGUAGUAGGUAGCCAUAGCAGAAAAGAAUUCUUCCAUGCAUCUGGAACACAAGGGUUUUCCUUUCAAUUCUACUUUAUGAACUACUGAAGAUUCUAGAGUGAGAUUCUUUUAAGAGAACAUGUCUAUUUUACUCAAUUUGCUAACAAGUCUAUCUCUGUAUGCCUGGGGUAGAGAUAUGAAUCAGAUAUGACAAGGGAGGGGGUUUAAAAAAGGAGGAGGUUUUUAUCUUUUAAAAAAUAAAAAUGUAGAUUUUUUAUCUUUAAAUGCUAUCGCUCAGAUCUGUGAAUCGUAUCUGUAUCCUUCCAGAUGUUAACAAAUGCGGAUGCGAAGUAAUAUAUAGAAGCAUACAUUGUCUUUAUAAUCACACUUUAAUGAAAGUUAUAAUCACUGAUGCCAAAGAAGCUUUUUCCAUGGCAGACAGCUAGUAACCAUGCCCACUGUGAUACCCUGUCUCCCUGUAACCCCUAUAUGUUAUUAAAACUCUUUCCCCCAGAAAUCUCCAAAUUUAAAUAAACAAUUUGUAACACAGA